AUGUAUCAAGAGCUGCAAAUUCUGUCGCCGGCCGUUCCGACGAGAGAAUUGUGUGUGCUCAGGCACUGCCGGCGAGUUGAUUCGAGUUCAUGGGCGAUCGCUGACGUUUCAGUCGACUACCUCCUAGGCAACUACGUGGAAGCUUGCGCCCGGAAGCUUCCUUCCGGCUGCUUGAUUUCGGAAAUGGCGAAUGGAUGCUCCAAGAUAACUUGGAUCGAGCAUGUGGAAAUCGAAGAGAAGAACCCAAUCCACAUACUCUUCCAGUAUCUCGUAACGAGUGGAGCUGCAUUCGAGGCGCGGCGAUGGGUCUCUAACCUUCGCCGGACGGCCGAGAGGAACGCCUUCUCCAUCUCGGCCGGAAUCGCCAACGACUUGGGAGGAGUGAUUCCGACACCGGAAGCCAAGCAGAGCAUGAUGAAGCUCGCUCAACGAAUGGUGAAAAGCUUCUGCGCCACCUUCAGCGGCUCGAUCGCCAACAAGUGGAUCAUGAUGCCCGGGUCGAACGACGCAUACCAAGUGUACUUCCACAAGACCGACACCCCCAGGCUCGCCGGCGGCGAGAUGGUCAGCGCAGCGACGUCAGUGUGGCUUCCUCUGCACCCGGAGAGGCUUUUCAGCUUCCUGAAAGACGAGCAAAAUCGAAAUCUGUGGGAAGUUUCGAAGGAAGAGGUCAAAUUCCAAAGGGUGGCUCACUUCAUCAAUGGAUCAAACUCCGGAAACUCGAUUUCGAUCCUCAAUAGGUCGAAAUCCACGUCGAGCUUGCUCAUACUGCAAGAGAGCUGCACCGACGCAUCGGGGUCGCUGCUGGUGUACUCUCCGCUCGGGUUGCCGUCGCUGGACAUGGUCAGGAGGGGGGAGGACGCGUCGUCCGUGCAGCUGAUUGUCUCGGGCUUCACGAUCGUACCUGACGACGGGUUCGCCGGCGCAGUAGCCGGAGGAGGGCCGUUGACCAGCUCGAGUUCUCCGGCGGGAGGGGUCUCGGGGUCGCUGCUCACUGUGGGAUUCCAGACGGUGAUGAACAAGACAGAGGGCGCUGAAAUCGGAAGGGAGGCCGUAGCUUCGAUCAAUCUUUGGAUCAGCAACACGAUCGAGAAGAUCAAGACUGCGUUGCUCUACCAUUGA